UUCAGGAAUCGGGCCCAUGUGAUCCGUGUCGUCACGAGGUGGAACUGUAAAUUUUUACCAACACUGUUUCUACACGGACUACAGAUGUGGUGCACUAUGCGUCAACGAGAUGUUUUGAUUGAUAGUUGCUACUGUCAAAAUUUAGGAAUCAUCGAGUAAUAACGACACCUGUACACCAGUGCAUAACAUAGCAAGACCUACGCGAGUAGUUAAUUAUAUUUUUUCUACAUUUUCACUCCAGCACGUACACCCAGGCGACUAAAUAACUAUAUAAAGGCUAAGGAUGUUUACCUCACAGACCUCAUCCUUCCAAGAUUCAAUUGACGUGGAAGAAAGAGAUGGCGAUUACGACAACGACGAUAUUGGGAUUGGCCAACGAAUACAACAGAUCAACUGCUAUUAUUCUAUUUAUUUCUACCAAAGCACUAGAUCUGAGGCAGCAGAAGAGAAUGUGGCCUGGUCACAAAGAAGAGCUGAUUCGACUACGUGUCAGGAUGACUUUAGCCUCACCCUGCUGGACAGCAGCCUGCCUCCAGAGGCAGAGCCCCAGCUGCGAUGCUACAUCUCCCGCAGGUUGAGCAAGGGAGCCCUGCUGGGGGGCAUGGGCAACAUCGCCACCGUGGAGCUCAGCAUUCCAGAACAAUCGGUGGGCUGCUAUUGUUGCCUUCUGGAACAGGAAUCCUCUCCUGACCAGUCAGAGGACGGCAAUGGCUGGGUCAUCUGCUUCCUGGGAGGUUCUGAGAAGGGCCUGAAUCUCUUUCGGCUAGAGCUUGACAAGUAUGUGCAGGCACUCCAAGGCAGCUUGACCCCAGAGAUGGAGAAUCUGGAGUCGGAGAUCAAGCCGUACCUGUGCCUUUGGUACGAGGAGUCUGUCAUGCACAUCCACCGGGUGGUGCAGCUGCUCCAGAACAGCGUCUGCUUCCUCUUGCACGCGGCUUUGAGUCAUACGCCUGUGGUGGUGAAUGGAUCAGAUGAGAGGACCAAGACUGAUGUAGCCAGGUUCAUCAAAGCAGCCAGUCUGCAGGGCCUGGUGCAGGAGGACAGUGCCACAGCCACCCUGUGCAAAGCCCUGUCUGAGGACGCCCCGACGGACCUGCUCAUCGACUGCUCAACCAGCCCGCCCACAUUCACCAACGCAGUCAGUAACCGCUUCUGUGAGGACUGGAUCCAGGCUUUCCUGAACGGUGCUGAGAGGAGCAACCCUUUCCUCUUGAGGCAGAUCCUGGAGAACUUCAAGCUCAAGGCCAUCCAGGAUAUGAACAACCUGAAGCGCUUCAUCCGGCAGGCGGAGAUGAGCCACUACGCCCUGUUCCGCUGUGGCCAAUUCCUGCGUAGCUGUGGCAACGGGGAUGUGCUGCUGCAGAACGCUCGUGCGGAACACAGCGGCCUGACGGAGGCUUGUGGAAUCAUCCUGGUACUGGAGGAGUUCCUUAGCGAACCCCCGCUGGUGCCCGCCGCACUACGCUGACCACACACACACACACACACACACACAC